AUGGUCUACCAUUACCCAGGUAUCGAGCAGUUGGAUAAUAAUGUGUUUGUCAAAGAACGAAAACAGAGGGAAGACCUUAAGCAAGCCAUCGAGGGUGUCAGACAGACCUCGCUGCUGUUGAUGAGCCACCUAGCCACUAUCGAGAACACCUUUUCUAAGAAUAGCAGUCUUAUUGAAGAUUUCGAAGACGUUACCGAUUCGACGUAUACCAGCGCCAACAAUGUCAGACUCGCAACGGAACAUUUCCUGAUUCAAUCAGUCAUGACGCAUGUCACCUCUUUUGCGACCAGGAAACACAGCCAAGCAAUCGGUAUGCUCAAUCACUUUCACGAAUCUAUCAAGAUAAUUGUGCAAAAUCAAUUGCCAAAGGGUGAGAGUUAUAUUCAAUGGAGAAUCGUUGAGGAAUGCUACAAUCAGGCCGUAUCUCCUUCUGGUCAACUCAAUGCCAGCAACUAUUUUGCUUCGAUAUCCCAACGGGACACCGCAUCGAGCACAGGCAACGCUUGGGAGGUACGAGAGAUGUACAACGAGGAAGGGAUAAAAUAUCUCGGAAAGGUCUGGGUCUUGUUUUGGGCACAGUGUUUGAGGGAUUGUUGGUCAGGACCAACUCUGUUUGUCGCACCGCCCGAGUUGGAUCCAUCCAAAGAAGAGUUACCGGCCGACAAUCUUCCAAAAUAUCUAUUCAGAACAUGGGACUCGAAUAGUCGGGGGAUGGACAUUCACGAUAUGAUGUCUGGUAUGGACAAUGAUUAUGGUGAAAAGGACCUUCUCUCUCUGCAGAAGCAUGAGGCAUCACACAGGUUGUAUGCUCAUCUGAUACGACCAGACGAUGGUUACUCACACGAAAACCUUGUAUCAUGGAACAGCUCCUUGCUAUUCAGUAUUCAGAUUGCAAAUUACCUAUGCCGUCGAUCUGCAAUGGACCCGAGUACGGUGUACGUUUCUGUUAUUGAUACUGCCAAGUACCCAAAAGGUCAAUUUGUCAGCAACAAGUGGUUGAUCGAACGAUUCCAGGAUGUGGACCUCACUGAACGCGACAAAGAAUUCCUCAGUCGUCAAUCAAGCAACCCUGCGUACUACCAUAGUAAAUAUCUAUCACAAGGUGAACUCGACAUCACAGGGAGGUCAUGGACCAUGUCCUUGGCUGAACUCCAACAAGCCGAGCUUGGGACGCUCUAUCCGGAUAUCGAUGCGAUUUCAGUAAACUCAUAUGCAGGGCUUAUCUAUCUGGAUCUCGAUGCAGUAAACCCAUAUGUCAACAACAUGCUCGGAUUGUGGACAAAGGACCAUGAAAGUCUACAUGAAAUGUGGAGCGACGAACAUACCACGACUAAGUCUGAACUAGAGGAUGUAACAAUGAUUGCAAGAACAUUCUUUGGCGGUGCCGACGAACUCGACAUUUCAUUGUUCAUUCUGGCCUUUCGUAACCGGCGACUCAGGACUACGGGUAAGUUUGAAUUAAUAAAUACCAUCACUGAAUGA